AUGACAUCUUCGACUCACUGAUUGCAAACGGCUCAAAUUGGCAUGCUUUCAUGAUGAGUUCUCAGGUCGAUGUUCAAGUUUAACUGCGCCGCUGGUUCUUGCAAUACUUUGAACACAUUUCGUCAGCCUAGGCCCAUACUUACAAAUAGCGAGCAAGAUAUGCAUAGUUUCAUUGAUAUGCGAAAACCUAAACCUAUCCACCUGAUUUCGGAAAAUCCUAACUCCGUUGUCUCAGUUUGAACACGUGCCGAAUAGAGUAUUGCCAUUGCUGUGCUUGAUCAUGCAAAUAAGAAACGUAGUCGCCGUCGUCUUCGGGGCCCUGGAGAACCUCAUCCACGCUGGCAUCAUCUUCGGAUGGCCCUCUCUCGUAUUCGUCCUCAAGGAUAUUGGUUACUAUGGCAACAAGUGCCCAGCUGACCCGACCCCAACAGGUGCUCCUACAAGAAACGCUACAACCAGUGAUGCAGGCCGACCCCAGAGUUCGAUCACCAUGCCAAUCUCGCCGAUGAUGACGACGACGACGUCGACAGAUGAAGUGUUUUGUGAGGAGCAGGAUGCAGCCCUGGUGUUGGUGUAUACUGUAGCCACCGUGAUGCUCCCGCUUAGUAUGUUACCAGCAGGAUAUCUUCUUCUCAUCGUUGGUAGCAGAAUAUCAAGGAUUGUCUUCAGUAUAAUGAUGGUAUGUGGAUACGUAUGUUUGGCCAUGAGUUCCCCCGAAAUACCAAGCCUGCUCUAUCCUGCAGCAAUCUUACUAGGAGCAGCAGGACUCAUCAUUAUCCUCGCAAGCUUUGAGAUAGCAAAUCUAUUUCCAACUCAAAAGUCGACCGUGAUAGGGGUGAUGAAUGGUUGUUAUGACACUUCAACUCUUAUCUUCUUUCUAAUAAAGAUCGCUUACGAGAACGGGAUUUCAUUGGAGGUCUCCUCCCUUGCGCUGGCAUGUACUACCAUCUUCUUUUUUGUCAAUAUAUGCCUUCUUCCCCGACAUCACAUUCCCUGGCCCCUCCCCGAUGACUACUUCCUUCAUGUGCCCUGCUUACCCGAUCCCGAAUUCGAUACGUUCAGCGUGGAUGAGGUGGUCGUCGAGAACGGGAAGGGGACGGUGCUUUGUUCUGCGGAAGGCGAUCUCACCCAGAGUCGCACACUUUGUGACGUAGGAACGCAAACGUUCGAGUUUGAUAAUCUCGGUUUUGAGGACCCGGUGGUGACGAAAGUAAAAAAGAGAGUGUCCUUACCUGUUGAGGAUAUCAUCAAUGAACGCCGUGCAUCGAAACAGAGUUGGAGCACCGGCAUUACCGGGGAACGGCGUUUAUCCAAGCAAAGUUGGAACAUCGGGGAACGGCGUUUAUCCAAGCAAAGUUGGGACACCGGGGACCGACGUUUAUCCAAGCAAAGCGUGAACAGUAAAAGAAGCUCACGGAACUCCUUAGAUAGCCGCAUGAGUCAGAAAGAGCUCGCCAAGAGACAAGAGAGCAUUCAUGAAGAGAAUUCAGAACUGAAAAGGGAUGAAGCCUACCCAACAUUCUUUUCCUGUUUGAAGAGUCCAAUGUUUUUCUUCAUGUCGUUUUGGGCCAUCGUCAUCCAACUCCAACUGCUCUUCGUUUUGGCGAUUAUGAACCCUUGGCUUACGUGGCUAGCCGACGGUGAUAUUGAUGUCGUGAGUCAAUACACUAAUGUGCUUGCGUUGAUGAGUUUUGUGAGUAUGAUUGGAGGACCCCUUGGAGGUCUGCUAUUAGAUAGGAGAAAGCUCACCUUGUGUGCAGCACCGCUGGAAUCGGAACCUGCGUAUGGCCCCUUGACUGAUCUGCGAAACAGUUGGCUGGCAGUGACUUGCACAACUCUUAUGUCAAUCGCCUACUCGGUAUGCAUGCUGGUUCGAAUCCUCCCUCUCCAGUAUUUGACCUUUGCCCUCUUGACCUUGUGUAGGUCAAUGUUGUAUGGCGUAUCGGCAGGUGUGGUUCCACUCACGUUUCCGAUGAAGUUCUAUGGGAUCGUUUAUGGUAUGACCUACUUAUUGAUCGGUGUCUGUGGCUUCCUUCAAUAUCCACUUUUCAUUCUGAUCCAAAACGUGCUCAUGGGCGACCCUCAAUAUGUCUUGAUCGGAUUUAUUGUGGCCAAUGUUCUAACCUUUUCGUAUCCUAUCUACAUCAUUUACCACGUGAAAACCAGAAUGGCUCAGCAUAAGGGAUAAUAUACACUCGUCAUCUCAUAUGCGAGAAAAAUGUACAACGUCUUCAUUUGUACGUUUUCUUCAUAAAAAUAGAUUAAAUAAACUUGCCUAUAUAUUGACCUUGCAUCAUAAAGUUGUAUCACGCUGCUGUCGUACAAAUUAUUGUUUUACAACCUAACAAAACUGCUAGACCACUAAUGUACCUACAGGGGGCGGGGGCAGUCUGCCCCCCUGACGAGUCACAACCC